AUGAGAGCUCUCGGCACCGGUAGCUUCUCGGCCUGUCUUAUUACUGGUAUAGCACUGAACUCGGAUGGUCACGACCUUCGGGAGACUAAGCGCCGUCACGACGAAGUGAAUUCAUGUGUCGACUUCCUUCUCAACUUCGGUGGAUUUAUGUACAUCGGUGGUAUUCUACCCUGGAGUGACUUCCAUGAUCCUACUGGUACUGGCAUAACCUGGAGUCGUCUCAUAGGACUAGGCCUUCUCGUCCUUGUCUUCCGUUGUCUGCCCGCCAUUUUCGCCUUCUACAAGCUCAUGCCCGACGUCUGCACCAACUGGAAGGAAGCUCUCUUUAUGGGAUACUUCGGACCAAUCGCUUUAGCCGUCACGUUGACCCCAGUGUAG